CUCCCUCCAUCUCUUCUGUGAGGGGCUUCCUCCAAGAAUUCAGCCGGUGGCCACUAGAGGUCUUUCCUUUUCACAUGGUAGCUGCCGUGCAGUUUUUCCGGCUUUUUAUUUAUUCCUACGUGAGCAGACCCACUACACUUCUUGCAUAUAAACAGUGAAAAUUACAAUAUAAAGGACUUAUUAUUUCUCCUUUUGGAGUAAUUCUGCUGCUGGCCAAAGCCUGGCUCAUUUUGCAAAGAAAGGAAGGAUAUUCUCUGCAGGUAAUUCCACUGCUUCAAAAGACUCUCCCUGCCUGGUGGCAAAGACUGCCAGGUCCCAGACCCUGACCCCGAGGCCAAGCGAACAAAGGUUUUGGCUCAAAUACCCAGAAGUUGCAGACGUGGCUCACUUUUCCCACAUGUGAACUUCAGCCAAGACACCACGACAGGGACUCUGCCCCCUGAAUGCCCUCGGAUGCCUCAAUCCUGUCCCCAUCACACGCCACUGGGUUUUGUGAGGCUAUUUAGGCAGAUAAGUUUCCCUCACUGAAGAAAAGGGAAACAGCAUGAAAGAAAACAAUGGCCCCAAAGGAAGAGUAUGUGAUUGACGUAAAUGGGGAUGUUCCCUUAGGAGCAUCAUGUAUCAUCAAAGAAGCCAAGCCCCAGGUCAUUUAUUUCUCUGCCUGUUUACAUGAAAUGGAAAGAUAUGUUUAAGUUUCCUGUAGUUUUACACUGCAAAUUGCCGCUCCCAGAAAGGAAGCCGUAUGUUCCAGACGUAGCAGGUUUCUUUUGGAAUUCACAUGUUGGCAGUCUGGCGCCAUCCCCUAAAUGGUACUUUCAUUGUCUUUUUGUUCAAGACAGCAAGCUUCUUCCAGGAUCAGAACUGCCUGCCAGCCUCCGUUGAUAAACAGCCCACCAGCUCUCGUGGUAGAUCAGGUUUAAUGAUUAGCCUAACUCCUUGUUUACCUAAGUGGCAAUUACCACUGCAAUGGAAUAAUAUUUUAACUGCAGGGGAAGCAUUACGGAGAGCCCCCCAAGAAAACCUACUGGCUGGGAAUGGCCAACAGAGCUGCCCAUACUCAGAGGAGAGGACCACUCCAUCCCGGCUGGCAGAUCUCUGUGUCUGAGAUGCUGUCAUUAGAUGCUGCUCCAAAGACCUAAGGAAAUGUGCCCAGGAGAAGUGUAUGGUCCCAAUCCUUUCAACUGAGGCUCAAUGGCCCAGCAAAGUAUGAAAGUGAGGCCUGUGCUUCUGAAGCAUAACAGUCUAGAGUCGGUGGAGCUUGCGAAGCAACCUCACCACCGCAGGAGCAAAUCUCAGCAGGUGCGAUUUAAGGAAGAUGGCACCAGUAAGACUCCACCUGCCCGAGCGGAGGUUGACAUCCAAACUCCUGAGCACCCGGCUGUAAUGGGCGAGACUCAGGCCUCCGGGCACCAUCACCUCCCCACCUACUCACUCUCCUUCCCCGGGUCCCAGAAGGCAGGGGGCUUUCGGCACAUCGCCAUCCAAACCUCCCCCAGUCUCAGGAAGCACUUCCCAGUUUUCAAAAAGAAGAGACUCACAGCUAGCAAGUCCCUGGUGGAAAUGCAGACAGCAUCCCAAAGUGCCAUCCAGGUGAACGGCAAUCUCUCUGAACAGGACAUUGUGUCCUCUGACCUUGCCUACUUAAGGCUGUCUCGGCAUCUUGAAGAUGGGUCUCAAAGGGUCAAGGCGUCCCACCCAUUUCUCCCUAGAAUGUCCAAGGUGCAAAGCAAUGGGCCUGUGAGCAUAUGCUUGGAAGCAGGGACAUGGAGGGCCUCAGAGAAAGCAACAGCUGCCAUUCAGGUUCCAGAUGAUAUUUAUCACAGCCCUACCUGGGCAGGUAGAGAGUCCACUUUCAGCCCAGACAGGUCUGCUGAGAUUAGCAACUCCAUACCCACUUUGGUUGACAUGUGUCCAGGUGAUGGGAGAAGAGUGCCACCGUCAGAUUCAGAAAGACCCCUCUCCUGCUUAAAUGCCACCAGCGGUGCCAACCACAUGCCCGGCACAGGGAAACUUAAACCUGAAAUGCUUUUGCCCAAAGAUAACUCUGAUGACAAAGACCUUGGCCCACUGUCAUCUCAGUCAAAGGAAACGUGUGUUCCCUCACAUCCACAGACUCACAGCUCCCCUUCGCCAGGCUCCCACAGCCAGCCAGCCCAGCCAGGGGGAGCUUCAGAUUGUGCUUCAUUGAGUAACAAUCACCAGGAUCUGCAGUCACUCAAAACUAACAGUGAGUCAAAAUCUGCCCCUGUGUGUCAGGAGCAGAUGGCAAAGAACCCCUUCCAGUCACACAGCCCAGCGUUUCAAAACUGUCCAGAAAGCGAUCACCUCCCAUCCUCUCUUCCAAGGAGGGAGACCGAACGGCAGGGCACCACGGAGAUGGGUGCACUUAAUCCAAUCCACCUGGCACAGGGUGAGUUCUGCGACCUCCAGGGCAGGCUGCAAUCCGUGGAGGAAUCUCUGCACUCAAACCAAGAGAAAAUUAAAGUCCUUCUGAAUGUAAUUCAAGACUUGGAGAAAGCUCGAGCUCUCACAGAAGGGCGCAACUUUUAUCGAACUGGCCAAGAUCUCAACAACUGCAGGACCUGCCAGAACACAGCGUGCAUCAUAUACAGUGUAGAAUAUGACUUCCGGCAGCAGGAAGGCAGGUUCCAUGAAGUUCUACAGAGUCUGGAGGAAGCAGAGCCAGUUGAGGAGGCAUGUCCCCCACCAAAGUCCCCGGCAGAGCCCUCAGUCCCUGAGAAACAGGACUUAAGGCGGAAAACCAAGAAGGUGAAGAAGAAAUGCUUCUGGUGGAUCUGAGCUCAUGGGGACCUUUACCUCUGCCCUUCCCGAGGUGGGGAACCACUGCCCUCAGGCCUUCUCUACUUCUUAGCGAAGGCCCCAGGCUAUGAGCCACUCGACCUGUGAAACCAGAACAACUUGGGCUGGAUUACCUGCCACUGGACACAUGACCACACCUCACCUGAGUGCGUGCCACUGCUUGCUGAGGACCUCACGGACCCGAGUGCCCACUUGCCUAGCUUCCUGUCACACAUCCUGGUUUGUGAGUCUAGAUUCCCACCAUGGGCAAAUCCCCCAUCGCACUUUCCUACACCUCUGUAACGCUAAGCACUUCCUGCCCAUCCUGGGUUCAUCGUCCUAAAGGAAAGAAACAAAAAUGUUGUGCAGAGCAGUAAGAUAGAGGAGGAUUACAAGCAGAUACCCAGAGAAAAACAGAUACCCAAACUGGCAGUUUUCUAAGAUAUUGGCAUACAUGAGCACAACAGAAGUGGGCAGGACAUGAGAACGCAAGAUCACCUUGUGGGUUGGGUCCUCUUCAUUUUUAAUUAGCCCCUUGAUCCCAAAGCAAGGAUUUGUCAUUUCAUGCUGUGUGGACCUUAAGAGUCUGUGGCAGAGUAAGCUCACCACAGGGUAUACGGGACUUGCAGGUAUGACUAUCCUACAGUUGUAGCUACUCCAGGGCCCACCUUAAAUCAUCCUGCUUCUCAGUCUGAGGCCUGAGACUGCCUGGCAAAUGGAUGGGGUCUGGUUUGGGUUUGAACUUUAAGAUUCCACAGUUAAUUUCUCUGCAACAUUUAAGAUCAUGAGAUCCAGCAGCCUAUCUGUCCGUUUCAUCUUACCAGAAACAUAAAUAAGACUAAGACAAAACACAACACUGGUUCUCGCCCAUUCACCCCUACAGCAGCCUUGUAGACAAGUUCAAAGUAUAUUAAUCUACACAAUCUCCCUUCCUGGUGACCAGGCAAUGGUCACCUGAUUGAAGAAGCAGCAGAACUGGGGAUGAGGAUAUAUUUUUUUCCAUUUUAGUAUUAAAGGCCUUUCCUUCCCAAAGUCUGAAUUCUUUUAGGGUCUGGCUCAUUCUUUUGACGAGACCUCCAUACAUGUGGGUCCAGUCAAACUUGCAUGGCUGAACAAACAGCUAAAGUAAUGUCAUUCAGCAACUGCUACAUACUCUUAGGGACGAGGGCUAGGUUGGCAAGGCUCAUAGUCCUUCUUGUUAGACUCUCUACCAGCCUGUGGUUGGAUUGAGGCUGCUUAGAAAAGGCAUCCUAAACUCAACGAGCAUUCAGUGAGGAAGGCACUUCAUAAUCCCCUUUGCUGAAGACUGGGGUCUGAGUUAGAGUCUUUGCAGAGUGCAGCAUCCUGUGUAAACAUGGGACGUACGUUCCCCGCUGCAAAUUGAGGCUAACUGAGCAAACCACCCGGACACUUUCACCUUCCCCUGUCCCUGCGCUGCAGUGCCCAAAGCUAUUUCAGUGACAGCAAGAGGGAAAUUUGGCAAGGAAUCUUGGCUGGCACUAUAAAAUCCUGGAAUGUCAUUCAAGAUGUUCUUGUUCUGUUUCUAGUGUAAUGUUUAAACCCACAAAAUGAGACCGGAAUACAUAACGUGAAGUUAGAAUUAAGAUAAAUACACUUGUCAUACUUAAGCCACGUUUCAAUAAGAUAUGGUACCAUUGGCUAAAAGCCACAGAUUUUUCAGUAUGUAUCCACACGAUCAACUCUCAGUUGACCCCAACAACCGAAAAGAACAGCACAGAGGAUAAUCCAGUAAAGCAAAAUCAUUGGGGAUCUCAUAUAAUUUUAUCUUGUAGGAGCGCUUCCAUCUUAAUUUGCUUUGCUUCCGCUAAUUUUCAAAUUAAUUUAUGUUCCUGGGCGGCACAGUAAAAUGGAAAUAAUCCUAUUCCCAGAAUUAAGACACCCAGGCAACAGACCAGUCUAUUCCAAGGCCUGUUUGUCUAUUCCCGAGUGGAGAUAUGAACACCUACUCUACCUGUUUUAUAAAGUCCGUGCACAUGCCAACAUCAAAUGGGCAGAGCCACCCAGAGGUGAUCAGGAUCAUUUGUCAAAGUCAGCCUGUAAUGAUGAAGAGAUGUCUGGGAUAACUCACACAAAAUGGAUAAUCCAACAUUUGGAUAAUUAAGAAGUGUAUGCUGUCAUACACUUCUGUUGGGGUGGCGGCCUUGGGAUAAACCCUCAACUGAGUUAGAUGAAACAGUGGUCUGAAAAGGUUGACAUUUCUAGAGAUAAAACCAAACAAGGCUAUAAUGAUUCUAUACCAAAGCACAACACAACAUUGCUUGGGCCACCAACCUGAAACUGGGAAGGAAGUCUCUUCUGAAAAUUGAACGUUUAAAAUUGUUAUGGGGGAAGUGGAUUCAGUAAACACAUUCCUGCUAAACAAAAACGAUCAUCUCUGUGUUAAAUUUCAAAAAGUAUACAUAUACCAAGACUCUAUAUUCACCUACUCAUGGGAAAAUUGCUUCUUUGUAAAGUAUUAUGUAACAUCUACCAUGAUAUCCUCCAGAAAUGCUGUACUUGAAGUUAUCUGGUUUUACAGAGCGAUAUUAAUUUAGCAAAGGUUACUUUUAUAAAAUUGAAAGGUGAAGGACUGAUACAUCACCUUAAGUUGCAGGCGUUUAUGUAGCUGCUUUCUCUGUAGUUAAAAAAAUGUGUACUCGCUAUACUUGGAACUUAAUACCAGCUCAUCUAUAGAGCACCUUCUUAAAGACUACGUACUAAUGUAAGGUUUUGUAAAUUUCUAAACUGUUUUAAAUGGGAUAUUAUCUUUUGCAAUAAACUUACAUAUUUUUCCUAGGU